AUGGAGCCACAGGUUGGAUUUGGAUCUUCUUCUUCUUCUUCUUCAAGUUCAAGUUAUGAUGUGUUUAUCAAUUUCAGAGGCGAAGACACUCGCAAUUCCUUCGUUGGUCACCUUUACAGGGCUCUCAAGGAUCGUGGAAUCCAUGCUUUCAUGGACAGCAAAAAUCUGUGGAAAGGACAAGAUAUUGGGCCUGAGCUUCUCGGAGCAAUUAAAGGAUCUAAGUUCUCGAUUGCUGUCUUCAGUAAAAGAUACGCAGAAAGCAAAUGGUGCCUAUCAGGACAGCCUUGGUGGAACGUCAGUUCUCUCAUUCCAUCAAGGCCAUUCAAACUGAUUGGGGGGGAGAAUUCCGUACUCUCCCAUCUUACUUUGCCAAGUUGGGCAUCCAACACAGGUUAUCUUACCCUCAUACUCAUAAGCAACAGGGAACAGUUGAACGUCAUAACAGACACAUUACUGAAACUGGGAUUACCCUACUAUCCCAUGCAACUGUUCCCCAGGCUUACUGGGAUUAUGCCUUUGAAACCGCGGUCUUUCUCAUCAAUUGCAUGCCCUCCUCUGUCACAGAAACAUGGGAAGGAGAAACCCGAAACUCUGCGAAGAUGGAAGCAUGCUUUGAGAGUAGGAGGUGAUAAGAGUGGAUGGGUUUUUGAUGAUGGGGCUGAUCAAUCAGAGCUAGUGGAGAAAGUUGUUCAAAAUGCUUGGAUUCGGCUGAAUAGGGUCCCCUUGAUUGAUGUCAAACACCCUGUUGGAUUAGAAUCUCGUGUGAAAGACGUAUUAUCUCUACUAUCAAAUUCCAGUUCUGAGGACGUUCAGUUUCUAGGGAUAUGUGGUUUAGGUGGGAUUGGGAAGACAACUAUUGCGACAGCUAUAUACAACCGCAUUUUUAGAAAUUAUACCAAGAGUUGUUUUCUGGAUGACAUUAGAGAGAAAGCAUCACAACCAAAUGGUAUUAAUGGCAUGCAAAAGAAUCUUCUUUACAACAUCUGUCGGGAGGAAAUAAUAAUAUGCAGUCCUAAAGAAGGAUCAAGAUUGAUAAAAGAAAGGCUUGGGAAAAUAGAUAUUCUUCUCAUUCUCGAUGAUGUGGGUCAUCUUACCCAAUUAGAUGCAUUGACUGGUGAUAUCAACUGGUUUGGUCCUGGAAGUAGGAUAAUUAUAACUACUAGAGAUCAGAGCAUUCUGGGUAGAAUUCCUCAAAAUAAUAGAAAAGUAUACGAGCCUAAAGAAUUAAAUACGAAAGAGAGUCUUCAACUCUUUAGUUCUUAUGCUUUUUAUACGGAUCAACCUCCAAAUGAUUAUAUGGAGCUUUCAAAUGAUAUAGUACGCACUACAGGAGGGUUGCCUUUAGCCUUACAGGUUUUGGGUUCAGAUUUGUCUAUGGAAAAAGAUAAAGAAGUAUGGAAAAGCAUGCAUAGGAUGUUGGGACAAGUUCCUCAUAAUGACAUCUAUGGAAAGUUAAAGAUAAGUUAUAAUAAUCUGCAAGAUGAUACUAAGAAGACCAUGUUUCUUGAUAUUGCAUGCUAUUUCAUAGGAUAUGAUGAAGAAAUGGUAAUUUCCAUAUGGGAGGCUUGUGGCUUUGAACCGAAAUACAAUUUAGGAGUUCUCAAGAGAAAAUCCCUUGUAAAGAUUACUGAAGUGCGUAUGGGUAAAGAUAUGUAUAUGAGUAAAUCAAAAGUGUUGUCGAUGCACAAUCAGAUUCGUGACAGGGGUAGGCGAAUUGCCAACAACCAAAGCCCUACGGAACCAGAUAAUUAUAGCAGGGUAUGGUCUUGUGACAAUAUCAUGAAGGUACUAAGCAGUGGUAAGUUGUUUCAUCAAUUGAAAGUUCUUAAACUCUCUGAGUGUAUGUGGUUGUUUGAGUCUCCCGACUUCUCAGGAUUUCCUCACUUAGAGAGGUUGUAUCUUAAUGAUUGUUAUGAUUUGGAUAAUUUACACGAAUCCAUUGGGCAACUCCAGCAGCUCGUUUACUUGAACUUGGACUCCUGCAUUUAUCUUGAGAAACUCCCUCAUAGUAUAUGCAGGUUGUGUUAG